CAUGGGCUCGGGGCUCCGUGGCCGCGGGUUCGGGGCCGCGCUCCGCUGCCCGCUCCUUCCGUCCCUCCCUCCCUCGCCAUGGCCCGGCGCAGCGUGCUGUCCAUCCGCAUCGUGGAGGGCAGGAACCUGCCCGCCAAGGACAUCACGGGGAGCAGCGACCCGUACUGCAUUGUGAAGAUUGACAAUGAGGCCAUCAUCAGGACUGCCACAGUGUGGAAGACGCUGUCCCCAUUCUGGGGGGAAGAGUAUGAGGUGCAGCUCCAUCCCACCUUCCACAGCAUCUCCAUCUAUGUCAUGGAUGAGGAUGCACUCAGCCGUGAUGAUGUUAUUGGGAAGGUGUGCAUCACCCGCACCAUGCUUGCAGAGCACCCCAAAGGAUACAGCGGCUGGGUGAGCCUCAGCGAGGUGGACCCCAAUGAGGAGGUGCAGGGGGAAAUCCACCUCCGUGUGGAGCUCCUGGAGGGCGGCCAGCGGCUGCGCUGCACCGUGCUGGAGGCCAGGGAUUUGGCCAAGAAGGACCGGAACGGUGCGUCCGACCCCUUUGUCUGUGUGAGCUACAAUGGCAAAACACAGGAGAGCACCGUGGUGAAGAAGUCCUGCUAUCCUCGCUGGAACGAAGCCUUCGAGUUCGAGCUGCCCGACCCCCCUGCAGAGAAGCUGUGUGUAGAGGUGUGGGACUGGGACCUCGUCAGCAAGAAUGACUUCUUGGGCAAGGUGGUGGUCAGCGUGCAGGGGCUGCAGGCAGCCGGGCACCAGGAGGGCUGGUUCAGGCUGCAUCCAGACACAGCCAAGGCCAGGGAGGAGAGGCGCCGGGGCAGCCUGGGCUCACUGCAGCUACAGGUGAGGCUGCGGGAUGAGACAGUGCUGCCCUCUCACUGCUACCAGCCCCUGGUCCAGCUGCUGUGCCAGGAGGUGAAGGCAGGGCACCAGGCCGGUGGGGUGCACCUGGUCACCCUCCUCGAUGAAACCACCACGGCUGAGUGCCGGCAGGAUGUUGCCGUCAACCUGGUGAAACUCUUCUUGGGCCAAGGGCUGGUGAAGGAGUUUCUGGACCUGCUUUUUGAGCUGGAGCUGGCCAAGCCCUGUGAACCCAACACUUUGUUCCGGAGCAACUCCCUGGCCUCAAAGUCAAUGGAAUCUUUCCUCAAGGUGACAGGGAUGCAGUACCUGCAUGCGGUGCUGGGGCCCACCAUCUCCCGGGUGUUUGAGGAGAAGAAGUACGUGGAGCUGGACCCCAGCAAGGUGGAGAUCAAGGACGUUGGGUGCUCGGGGCUGCACCGCGUGCAGACAGAGAGUGAGGUGAUGGAGCAGGGCCGCCAGCUCCUCCAGUCCUACCUCAGGGAGCUGCUGGAUACCAUCGGCAAGUCAGCUCCUACCUGUCCUCCUGUCAUCCGUGCUGCUUUCCGGCAGCUCUUCCAGCGCGUUGGGGAUCGCUUCCCCCAGCAUCAGCACACUCAGUUCGUGGCUGUCACCAGCUUCCUGUGCCUCCGCUUCUUCUCGCCAGCCAUCAUGACCCCCAAACUCUUCCACCUAAGGGAGACGCACGCCGACGCACGCACCAGCCGCACGCUGCUGCUGCUGGCCAAGGCUGUGCAGAUGGUGGGCAACAUGGAGCCAGCGGCAGGGCGGGCCAAGGAGGAAUGGCUGGCCCCUCUGCAACCCGCCCUACAGCACGGAGCCUCCCAGAUGAGGGCCUUCAUCACCCAGCUGGUGGGCAUGGAGGAGGAGGAGAAGGGUGGAGAGGGGUGGCCGUGUGCCCCCCGCACCGCCGUGGUGAAGGAGGGGCUGCUCUUUGUGCACAAGACGCGGGGCAAAGGGCCGCUGCUCGCCUCCGCCUCCAAGAAGCUGCACUUCUGCCUCACCAGUGAGGCCCUCAGUUUCAGCAAGAGCCCCGGGGCGGAGAGGUGCGGCUCCAUCGCUUUGGCCAACAUCCGUGCGGCCGAGAAGGUAGAGGAGAAGAGCUUUGGGAGCUGCCACGUCAUGCAGGUGGUCUACGUGGAUGAGGCUGGGCAGCAGGAGACGGCGUACCUGCAGUGCAAGUGCGUCAAUGAGCUGAACCAGUGGCUGUCUGCCCUGCGAAAGGUGUGUGGCAACAACCCGCAGCUGCUGCACGCCUACCACCCCGGUGUCUUCCGGGGGGACAAAUGGAGCUGCUGCCACCAGAAGGACAGGACGGGGCCAGGGUGCGGCAGGACACGGCACAGCAUCACCCUGCAGGACUGGAGUGAUCCGCUGCAGCCCGACGUGGAGGCGCAGCGCCUCUUCCAGCACCUCCACGGCCUGCAGCAGCCUCUCAGGGAAAAGUACUGGCAGCUGAUGGAGGAGGGGGGACCUCAGAACGGCCCUCGCGGCUGCGGUGAAGGACCCCUGCUGCCCCUCGAGCUCCGCCGGCUUUUCGAGGCGCUGCAGGACCUGGAACGCUGCCACCGCCAGCUGCCCCCCGCCCUGCUGGAGCUGCAGACGUGAUGGAGCGGGCUGGGAUGGGGCGAAAGGGAAGG